AUGAAAAUAUCUCUAUAUUUAACAUGUUUUGCUUUACAUUACUAUUUGAUAGACUCCGCUCAACCAUAUUUUCCUUCCCAAAUUGUUUUCUCCCCUGAUAAUAAUAAAACAAUAUUUGCAAUUGAUGAAAUGAAUCAACGAGCCUAUAAAACAGUUACUUAUGGCGCUACAGUACGAGAAACUUCGUAUUUAAUGAAAAAUUUUCCAUAUACAAUUCCUGACUCACCACAAUCAAAAUAUUAUGUUCAAUUAUUAGUAGAUACUCCAUCAAAUAGUUGGCAGUAUGCAACAUUUUGGAAAUAUGGUGGAUCUACCUUCAAUUCAUUUCCAUUACAUUGGCAACUUAAUGCCAGUUCAAUUCAAGUAGACAAUUAUAUUAAGUUUAAAUAUGAGAUGUUACAUUCGACUGAUUCUUCUACCGACGAAGAUUAUUGGUAUUCAAAUGUAACAUGUCAAGUUUACGGUGGAGCAGUUUAUCCAUGUGAAGAAAUUUAUUUUAUAAAAAAUACUCAAAUUCCUCUUCGAUUCACUGAAGUUGUUCGUCGGGGAUGGUUUCUUGUACAACUAACAACAUCAUAUAACGUAAUAUCAAUGAGGAAACCAGAUGAGAAGUUAUUCGAUUCGAUACCAAAAACUUGGCCGGAUUCUUGUCGUGAUUAUUCCCUUGGACUUUUGUAUUAUCCACAAAGAACGAAAAUACUUGUGAACGAAAAGGCCCAAGUUCAAGUUUGGUUGAUAGCACCUCCACAUCGAAUUAAUGGAAGUGAUACUGUUACUAUUCAUUGGAAAUCAGAUGAAUGUAUGGAUUGUUUUGCAUGGACACCAAAUCAGCUUUUGUUUAAUAUUGAAAGUUUCCAAAAAAGACAAACAUUAACAAUAACUCGUGUCAAAGAUGGACCUAAAACAAAUCUUAUUCCAAGUUUUCAUGGUGGAGGUUUUGAUCAUGUUACAGCAGCAAUAUAUCCUAUUUUUAUUGAAUAA